AUGAAUUUUUUGUUAGUAUUCAAAAUAUCUAUAACUGCAAUCGUUUUGUAUGGAGAUGCAUCAUCCGAUAAUAUUGAUAUGGCAGCCUUGGAGGACACAGUCAAGCAAUUUUUAGACUCACAAACAUUUCAAGAAAUACUUGCAAAUGAGAUUACACAUUUUGAUGACGUUAGAAAAACGGAGUUAGAAGAAAAAGAAGGUGAAGAAUUGUAUUCAAUGAAAGAAAAACCAAAUUUAUCAAUUAUACGUAGAAUCGCGUCCAGUGCAUAUAUGAAUUUGAAAAAGCAAAACAGGUACAAUCCACAGAACUAUUUCGAAGCAGUAAAAAAAAAAAGUCAAAUGAAAGUAAAUUUGAAUAGAAUAAAAAAAAUAAUCGAAUUCAUGGAACAUAAUGUUGAGUCUACGAGAUAUUUUCAUUCAGAGGUACAAAGGAUAAAGAAAAACAGAGAGGUGAGGGAUGAAAUAAGGAAAAUGAUUCAUAUAGCUGAUACAACAUCUAAUAAAUCUUAUGCAAAGGCCAUUAACGAAUGCUAUGAUGUUGUUGUUCACGACAGAGAAAUAGAUCUAUAUUCAGUUAAAUCGAAUAAUUUAGUAAUAGAAAUUCCAUCGUUAACUCAUGUGUAG